UUCGCUUUAUCAAAACAUAAAUCAAACGCUUUCGUCCUUCGGUCGUUCGUACCGUCGGUCCCGGCAGAUUUUUUCCGGUUUUUGACGGUGAAACCAUCGAAAUUAUGGAUUCUGCUAGCAACGUGUUGGAAAUACCCGAAGGAGAUCCAACAAAAUUCUGCCGUGUGUGCCUUUCGAGGGCAUCAUAUUCUAGGGUGCUAAGCUGUCGGUCGGAAGCCGUGGUAGAGGCGAUUUGGAAGCAACUGGGAGUCCGGCUAUCCGAGCCAGAUGAUUUCCCGUGUGCGGUUUGUGCGAUCUGUGUGGAAAAAUUGGAGGAACUGGUCGAGUCUAACAGCGACGGUUUACUCGAUCAAUGGGGCGACGAAGGUUUGCUAGAGUACAAGAAUCGCUGCCGAGCGGUGGAUGCGGCCAUUAGAAGUAGGAGAACGAAUGGACAGAGUGAGCAUAACAUGCUGCAAGGCACAGAAACUGUGGUGUUACCCUUUCAGCAGCUGAAUGAUGGCCGGUACCGAUGCAAUGAUUGUCCAAACGUGAUAUUUGAUGCGAUUUCGGUUUGUAUAAAGCACUACCAGGAGGAUCAUCCGAAUUCCGGUUUGGCGGGAUUGUCGGUGGAGAGUUCCGCUUCCAAACAAACAUUAUUCAACUGUACAAAAUGUUCGAAGCAAUUUGAAAACGUUGAUGAAAUGACUGCACAUCAGAAGACACAUUUGGCGCCCAAGAAACGAAGCGCCAAAAAACGGACAACAGAAGUAACGAACGGUAGUCACCAACCCGCCGAAAGCCUAAAUGGGAAAAAGCCCUACUUGAAGUGUGUUAAUUGUACGGAAACCUUUGACGACGUGGAUGAAUUGAUCAGCCAUAGAGUUACGGUCCAUGCCAUUGUGAUACCAAAGAAGAAACCGGUCACCAAAAGGAACUUCAUCGUAAGCCCCUACAGCACCACGUGUAAAGCUUGCCAAAUCGAAUUUGCGGAUAAGAAAGCACUGUACAUGCACAUAAACCUGGUACACGAUCAGAACAUUUGCCACAUUUGCGAUCGAACAUUGAACUCUGCGAGUCAACUGCUCAAACACCAAUCCUUUCACCGAAACCUGAACGAUAUCGUCAAUCCCUUCCUACUGGGGAAGCAUUCUUUCCACUGUAAAGUGUGCUUCGAGAGAUUCCGAUCGGAAGGAGAAAUUCGCCUGCACUUCGAGACGAAACAUACCAAUUCGGAAGCACAAGUUGCCAUUUCCACCCCCACCACUCCAGUUUUACGAAUCACCUGCGCUGGAUGUCUGAUGUCGUUCAACAGCACUGCCCAAUUUGAGCAACACCAGCUGGAAUGUUGUGUAGCUCAAGCUACAGACAGCAGCGCAAUUCAAAUUGAGUGACGAAGAAGCAUUAUUUGACGAGCUGAACUGUGAGGUAAGCGUUAAGUAGAGAGUCGCGAGAAAUAUGCAAAAGUACCUAUGUAUUUCCAAUACAUAUUUUUACGUAAUAAAGGUACAAGUUCAAAAUUUAA